AUGCUAAUGCUAACCUACUCACAGAGCGCGUCCACGAACCAGGACAACAACAACAGCAACAGCAGGAAGCCGCGAGUUCAAUCCCAGCCCAGGAGGAACGUCAAGGCCAAAGGGAACGUCAACGGCACAGCUCUCCCGUUCGCUUCUCCGGAAAAGAUCACGCAGGUCCAAGCCCCGACGGUUCAGCAUGACACCUGCCUGGGCUACUACGACGUCAGCGGGCAGUUCGAUAAAGAGUUCGCCUGCAACAACACGGACCAUCGGUUCUGCUGCGGGAGCUGUUUUUUGCGUUUCUGUUGCGCCGAUCGCGGGAAGCGUUUGGAGCAGAGGACGUGUACGAACUAUAACACGCCCGACUGGAUAAAGACUCAGCCGCCGUCUCCCGCGCCCACCGGAGACACGUACGACCCCGAGCUGGACCGCACCAACACCACGGUGUACAUCACGUGCGGCGUCAUCGCGCUCAUCAUCGCCAUCGGGAUCGCGGCGAAGGUGGCCUACGAUAAAGCCACGAAACCGCCACAGGAAAUGAACGUGCACAGAGCGCUGGCGGACAUCAUGCGUCAGCAGGGCAUCUCUCAGUACGAGCACGAGGACAUGGCGGCUGUGGACGGCUCCCCCAAAGACGAGACUCCGGUCAGAACCUCCAAGAACCACUACACCCCUGUGCACAGUAACCACGGCAACCACGGGCAUUAUGGGAAGGAGAACCUGCUUCCUGGAGGACAAGACAUGCACAACUUCAUCUCGUCUGGAUUUGUGACGCUGGGACGGGGGCACUUAAAGGCUCAGCACUCGGUGGAUGAGAGUUCGUGGCAGGGAGACCUGGACAUGCCCCUCUCUUACGGAAACCAUCACCAUGACUACCAGCACAGCCACCUGGACCUGACGGCGUUCACACCCAAACGAGGACACAGAGGGUUUGGAUUUGAUCGUCCUCAGAGGAAGAACAACAUCCUGACGGCCGCCACCGAGCCGUACGACCUGUCCCUGUCGCGCUCCUUCCAGAACCUGUCGCACCUGCCGCCGUCGUACGAAGUGGCCCUGAAGCCGGACAUAAGUAAAUACAGCAGCUCACUGAUGCGGCUGAGUGACAAAGACUUGGACGACUACUACCCUCGAAAACACCAUCACCAGGACUUCCACGGCCCCGCCCACGGCUCCGCCCACAUGAUGAAGCUGAGUGCAGAGCCCUCCCACCAGCAGAGGCAGCGUCCUAGGGGCCGUGUGCAGAGGGCCAUGUCCCAGGACCACGUGCUGUCUCCUCCCAGGACGCCGCGCAGAGACAGGGACGCCUACGGCCUGUCCCCGUACGGCGCCAUGGCGACCAACGCCUACAGCAGCAGCAGGAACCUGUCCAACGAGCAGCUGCUGUCGGGUGGACGCCUGUCGCAGGACCCCCUGCUCCUGUCGCCUGCCAUGAGGAGGGACAAGUUCAGACAGAAGGCGAUGGCGAGGGCCAUGUCUCACGCAGACAUGCUGAUGCCCUCCACGCCCUCGCACGACCGCCACAAAGUCACCAAGAUGCACUCGCAGCCCAGCGCCAACACCGAGUCCUACAACACCCUGAGUGUCAAUCACCUCCAGCCCUCCGCCUCCAAAAGACACGCCUUCGCCUCCAGGAGAACUCACACUGUGGACCACCUGCAGUACAUGUCUGGACACAUGUCCCUCACCGGGAACGUGCCCGGAAACAUGCCCGGGCACGGAUAUCGCAGCGCCAGCAAGAACGAGGUCACCGUCUGA